AUGCCGAUCGUGAGCCAGAAGCUGCAGGUGGUGGGAGAAGAAGUCAAGGACAGGCUGGAGGAGGAAGGUGCUCUGUGCAAACGCUGGGCCUGCCAAGUCAUCAGCGGUGUGUCGUGUUUUCUCUUUCAGAUUUUCCGGCGAGCCGACAAGAACGAUGAUGGGAAGCUGUCAUUUGAGGAGUUCAAGAACUAUUUUGCUGAUGGAAUCCUGAGCUCGGAGGAGCUGUGGGAGUUGUUCAGUGGCAUUGACAGGCGUCAUUCGGACAAUGUAGACACGGAGAAAUUGUGUGAUUAUUUCUCAGCGUAUCUCGGAGAAUAUAGACAUGUGCUUUCCGCACUGGAAGCUCUCAACUCUGCUGUCCUGGCAGCCAUGGACAAAACCAAGCUGAGGUACGAAGCCUCCUCUAAGAUGGAGCAGUUCCUGACCCGCUUCCUGUUGCGGGAAACCACGACCCAGCUGCAGUCGCUGCAGGCCUCGCUCGAGUGUGCCGUGGACACCAUGGAGGAGCAGGCAGGACGGGAGAGGAAGGACGUAAAGAAAUCUGAGACCUUGAUUGGCCUGAGGACAGGAAGACGAUGUGGGCGCAGAGGACAGAAAAACAUCUGUCUGUCUCCAACGGAUCCCUAUUCCGGGAUGCUAACAACAGGCAUCUGUGUCGAAGAUGACAACCAGUGGAUGGCACAGAUUAACAGGCUCCAGCAGCUCAUUGAGAAACUGGAGUGCAAGAGCCCACGCCUGGAGCCUCUGAAGGAGGAAGCAGUGUGCAAAGGGAAAGACGCACACAUCCUUGUGGCGAAGAGGCAGAUCUCGGUAACAAAGAGCGGCGUCGAGGAGUUUCGCCAGGCAUUCAGAUCCUACACGGAGGUCACGGCCGGGCAGAGCAGCUGCCUGCAUGUGUCCACCUGCAAGCUGACGAACGAAGCCUGCUUCAUCCUUUACGAAUUCUGGCAGGACGUGUCUUCAUGGAGAAGCCACUUGCAGUCCAGCCACAGCAAGACUUUCCAACGGGCCAUCAUCAGCUUGCUGGAGGCCCCGGAGCUGCUGACCACCAUGCUCUUCCCAGCCUCCUGGUGGAUCAUGAACAAUAACUAGCCCUGGGCAGCGCUUUCCGGGACGCAGCCAGCAUGUGGAAGGACGCAGCGCCCUCGGCACAGCCGCCGCCUCCUUCGCUUGCCUUCAUCGCCUCUGCCUUCCCGUCUCUGUCCAACGCAGCGCUCCCCUCCCGCGCUCCGAGGGGCUGCCUGCCCAUCCAGGCCUUGCCCAGCAUCCCUGGCCGUGUUUGACCCUUUGGCUCUUUUCAUGUGAUUUGUUUAUCCCCCCCC